AGAAUAUAUCAGAUGUUAUUUAUUUGCUAAAGCGAACCCCCAUUGUUAUGUAGUAUUGUUAUUUGUUAGAGGUUUUUUUUUAGUUUUUCGGGUCAACCAUGUCGAGGAAAUCGAUGUCGCGGAAAUCGGUGUCCCGAAAAUCGGUGUCACGGAAAUCGGUGUCCCGGAAAUCGGUAUCGAGGAAGUCAGUGGCUGGUGGAAAGAAAGGUGAAAAGAGCGGAGGGAAGAAGCGAGGGGUAACCCCUCAGCAGGAGGAUACGGAACCAUGGAAAAAAGAGGUCGCCGAUCUCGGGGUUUCCGACGACAUAUGGAAAUGCCAUUUGUCGAUUUUGCAAGAGAAAGAUACUGCUUUGUCGGGUAUCGUCGACCUGGCAGGGCAAAAGGCGCCGGUUGGUAACCGAUGGCCAGUCAGGGUGAUUUCGAUGGACUACAUAAGGGAAAAAGUACUUAACCAUUGUGCCAAAACUAAAGAGGAAACAGCUUACAGGGCGCUUUGCGACGCCAUUAAGGAAGCCGCUGGAAGAAAUUUCGAUCAAGAUAUCCCUGUCGAACUACUGGCUUAUUUUAUCAAGUACGAAAUACUCGAGUUUCGAGAAAUCGACAUAGACAGAAAAAUUGAGAAAGAAAGGAUGGAACGAGAUCUGACGGAAGCAUAUUUGAAACUGGAUUUGGCCGCUGGAAGGCGGGCAAGGGACGAAAAACCGAAGAAAGGAAUUGCGUCCCAGGGGAGUGUUAAAGGCGGGCCUGGAAGGAGGGCGAGCGCGAAAGGAGGCCCGGGAAGAAGAGCGAGCGCCAAACGAGGAAGCACAAAGAGGCAAAGCACGAAGAGGCAAAGCACAAAGAGACAAAGCACGAAGAGACAAAGUACGAAGAGGCAAAGCACGAAGAGACAGAGCACACGAAGACAGAGUAAAAAGGGCGGCGGUCGAAAAAGUGUGGCCGGUGGCGGCGGUCGAAAAAGUGUGGCCGGUGGUGGUGGUGGUCGUCGUAAAAGUGCCGCCGGUGGAAGAGGAUCUCAACAAAGCAUUGGGGGACACCCCGGACUGAAAAGGACCAAGAGCCACUCAUUGCUCAACAAUUGGAAAAAGAAGCGGUCAAAUCUUAAAUUCGAUACCAGACUGAACACGAGAGAAAUGCCUCGGAAAGAUAUCCGGUACGUUGAAGAUUUUCCCGUGGGCGGCCCACAGGCGUAUUUUAUCAUAACGCAACUGCGACAUCCGUCUUUGCCGAAAACUCUGAGGAGCAUCGAUAUACCGGUGGAUUCGGUGAUAAUGUACGGCGAUCCGAGGAUAACUCGGGAUGACGAAAACGUGCCUCCGAAGAACAUAGAAGAGUACAAGGAACUAUUGGACAUGCUAGAAAGAGAUUAUAUGUUCAAAAAGAGCGAUAAACGCCAGUUUUUCGAUUUCUUGAAGGAAAAGUACUCAGAGCAAGGAAAAUUACAAAAAUUUUGGAAAGAUUUUAUGGAACAGGCUUUGUCUCAAGAAAACCGGAAGAUAUUCGAAAACACGAUUAUUACAAAAUACAGUCCUGACUUGAAAACCGUCCCGCUCAAAUCGGAAACGAGAAAAGAAGAGAUGAAAAAUAUAUUCUACGAGGAGAUGUGCAUGCUCAUGUAUUUCAUGGGGAGAAUUUCUGAAUUGUAUGAAAGGUACAACGCGUCGGUUAAAUUGUUCAACGUGGAAGCGAAAAAGGUAACGACUCCAGAAGACAUGACCGUUUAUACGGGCCUGUUGAACUCCCUGCCGAACGAACUCUGUGACGUCCCCAUUGUACUGGAUACGCUGAUCCAGCAGGUCUGUAUUAACGAAGGAGUGGAUACGAUGGUAGACACAACGAAAUACGGUUGUUCGCUCGGGACGAAGGAAAAGCCCGUUUGGGAAAAUUUUCUAGAGGCGCAGAUACAAGACCUAGAAUUGAAAUACGACCUCAAGAUAGAAGACGAACGGAAAAAGAAAAAGAUCAUCGAAUACCCGAGAACUAUAUUAGCCGGAGAUGUGAUCAAAUGGAAGACGUUGUGCAAGGGCAAUUUGGGAAGGUACGUUCGCGAUAGGACGUACUUGAUGCAAAAAAUAUUUUUGAGCAGGGCAGCGUGGGGCAAACUGGACAUCGACCAUACAGCGAGCUCAGCUCACACAAUUCACAUGCAAAGACUUAGAAACGCUUUAGGAAUCAGGCAUAAAAAAGAAGUGGCAGAGUGGCUAGUGACUCUCGGUCACCUGUGCGCCAUGGAUAAUCCACAAAUGUGGAAAAACGACAAUUUCGUCUUUUUCCAAGAGGGGCCUGUUUACACUAUGGUCCAAGACCACGAGUUGACGAGUAUGAAGACACUUAUAGGUUCAUUGUCCUGUUCCAUAAGUUGCUGCACCUGCAUGGAAAAAGUCUGCGACGAAAAGGUUCAACCCAAGUUGCUGUCCGAACUCGACUAUUUGAACAACAUCAAAGACCUACCCGAUUAUGUGAUGUAUCAGACCUUGUAUCAGUUAUAUUCUGAAAAGGACGUUGUCAAAAUGGAGUUUAACCAAUUGUUGAAAUCUAUAAUAUUUCAAUUUUAUAACUGUUUCAGUACGUUUAACGUCCAUUGCAGAAUCGAAACGCCUGUCAAUUUAAAAAACUUUUAUCAACACAUUUUAACCGAGAAGAAGCAUUGGUGUCUGAAAGAGUUGAGCGACAUCGCGGACAUGGAUCCCCCGAGGUUUUUCAAGCCUAGGAUGGACCUACUUAUCGCCAACCUAGACUCAAUAACGUCUCCAGUCGAGGUAAGCGAACAGUUGUCACUGACGUUCAAAGAUUUCGUAGAUCCGCAUAGUAUGAGAGAGGAUGAACUGCGAAGAGAUGAGGAAGAGAAGGUUAAGAGAGACAAACAAUUGGAAAAAGAGAGAAUACUUGCAGAAAAAGAAGAAAAGAAAUUACACGGGAAGAAAGGUGAGAAAAAACCGGAAGAGACGAAAUUGCCUCAGGAUCCAAUAGCCGCUGCUAUAUCGCAAGUUCAGAAACCUAUCAUCGGUUAUGUCUACGGCCUGAGCGAAGAGCAAUUGUCCGUUUUUCACGAGAGGAGAAAAAAUUUCGUCCUACGAGGCGGAUCGCGACUCAAUUUAAAAUUCGACGAGUCGAUUUUCGGACGACCUCUUCUAAUGCUAAAACUACUACAGAACGGUCACGAUUUAAUCUUUCACACUCCUUUAUACCAGAACGACAUUUUAACUAAUUUUACUUUUCAUCAUGAAAACGGUAUGAUAAUGAGCUUUUCAGAGAGGGUUCCUAUAAACGACGAACAGAUGCCCAUGAUUAGACAGAAGUCUUUCGCUGUAAAAAAAAAUGCUUCUAAAACAUCCCAGACCCAAAGGCUCUCGAAAAUGUCCAAAACUUCCGUUUCGAAAAAAAAGAAAAAAGGUUCAUUCAAUACGUUACUGUUGUCGUUAAAAGUUACUGAAAAAGAAGAUCCGGACAAGAUUAAAUUCAGUCGUCUGGAAAAGCAGCGUUUGUUUAAAAUGUUUGAGGAAAAAAUUCAAAAUUUCAAGGAUAAAGUGUUUUUCAAGAAGAUGAAAUACAAAUCUCUGGAUAGAAAGUACGAAUACUGCGACUGCAUAAUGACUCUUUUAAAAAGUAGGCUGUACCAUCUACCCAGGCCAUUUAGCUAUCAUAAAGCAGGGUGUGUAUUCAGGAAAGAAAAUCUGGAAAAAUCGCCGGCGAGUAAAUUCGUUUCGGAGCCGUUUAACGAUCCAGAAUUGUUAGAUGGAGGAAAUAAGGACCAACUCGCAGAGCUCGAUUUGCAGAUAUCCUGGCCGACCGGCUUGCACAUCAGUGUCUUGAGGCAGCCGAGAAUCGGUGGCAUCUACGUGAAACAAGUCUACUUGACGGAGAGAAAAGACUUACCUUUGAUCUCAGACGAAAAGUUCCGGUACAUCCUCUUUAACGGCACUGUUUUGAAGUUUAUGAAAUCAGAUGAAAUACAGAUUUAUUAUCCUUGGGGGGCUAUCGUUUACGUACAGGAGGCCAGCUUGAAAGAUGGGGAGGUCAUCGAAACGGACGACAUGACAGAAAUCGUUUUGCCGAGGGAAGUGAUUUUCCCACUUUAUAAUACAUUAACGUCGGACAGCAGAAAAGUCGAAAACUAUUUCGGAUAUCUAAGCAAAUCCCCAGUUGAAUACAUGGAAGAGAUAGACGAUUUGUUUUGUAAUACAAGAUCCUUAGAAAGGUCAGACGGAACGAAAUUUUUGUACCAUGAAGACGGCACGUCCGUAGUCAGGUUCCCCGACGGUACCGAAAUUCGGAAUUCUUGUGGAUUUAAAGCGUACGAAUAUUUUGUCGAAUACACCCCCGAAGAAAUGGAAGCGUGGUUUUUUCUAGAGCUGGAGGAAGAGGAACUCGCAGAAGAACAAGAAGUGAUGUUGACCCCUUCGGAGAUAGCGGAAGAGGAAGAACUCCCGAGAAAAAUAUUGUAUUCCAAAGACGGUUUCGUCAUUGUUGAAAUUUGGUCUUACUCCGUUUUUCAUCCGUAUUUCGCCGGCGUAUCUUCUGGAUGUAUGGAAAAGAACUUGCUCGAUCUAUACCUACCCGGUGACACAACCGUGCACAUAUCCGAUAAAAGCCUGUACAAAAUACUUAUCGGGAAAAAAAAAGAUUUUCGUUUUAAAGUGGGUGCCUCUAAACUGAUACUCGAUUCGCUCAAAAACGGCCGGCUGUAUCAAAGAUCCGUACUCAAUUACUUUCUUUUGCGCAAUAAAAUUGAUCCCAAUAGUCCGAAAACAUUGUUUUCGACGAGAACCGACGAUUUCACAGAUUUGAAGAUUAAUAAUAAAGGAGAAAUACAGUUCAGAAUAUUACCCGAGCGUGACGACUCUUACAACCUGUCCAAAGCCACAGUCGAUAAAAGGCAGUUCAUACUUAAACAGGACAAUUCCGGUGUAGAAAUAUUGUCUACAACACAUGUUAAGAAUUUGAUGGAACAGGUGGAAAAAAUACCGGGCUCCAAAGUGGAUAGAUUUAGGCCCGCCAAGUUGACUCAUACUGUAAUGUUCAAUCCCAUAGACACAGUAGCAGAAUAUUGGUUAAUGAGAUACCCCCCGGUAAAGACUCGUAACAGGUACGUGAUACCGAGCACGUAUGGCAAAUCGUAUCUUUACCCUAUACGACUGGAGAAGAAUACAGUAAAUGAAUCAAACAUGCUCUUAAUGAAUUUAUUUAAAACGAUCGAAUUUGUCGACAAGGAAAACACCUUCCUCGAUGUUGUGGCUAAGUACAAGGAACUGGUACUUCUCAACGAAGACGGUCCCAGCUGUGAUUGCUCCGUACAAGUCAUAGCUGACAACGUUGUAGGGCGAGAAGAUUCGACACUUUGCAGAUACCUCGCCCAAAGGAAGUACCGGCACAGUACAACGACGGGUAAGGCCUUCAACCGAUUCGUCCGCAAAAAGCUCGUCCCGCAGAUUAUGAGAAUGGCGACGAAGAAGUUCAACGUGACUCGAAAUUUGAAGACAAUGCGUUUCCACUUGCACCACCUCUACGAACGCUCGUCUCCUGUUUAUUUCGAGAGCGCAAAGGGCGCUAUCUUCCUCAUUCUUGAGCAGAUAGUCCAUUCGGCGGAGGAUAUCAUAUUCGACAUUCACAGAUGCGAGAAAAUGGAAGAAUUGAUCGAGAAGCCCAUGGAAGAGCUUACAGACGACAUGAUUCUCGAUCUGUCGAAAUGUAUAAAGCCUCUCGAAAUGGGACUCGGAGAAAUCACGAGGCAAGAAGUAUUCAAUGUACUGAUGUCAGCGAGGGAGCUGAAAGAAUACUUUUCCACCAUGCACGAAGCUCUCGAUUAUCGCCGUUACGCUAUAACGACUGAAAGAGACGAUUUCGGCGAGCUCAAUUGCAAGAAGCUGGAGGAGAUCAAAAAAGUCCCUCAGCGAAAGUACAGACUCCCUACUCUGCCGAGGCCUUCCGAGAUCGGAGGGUCCAAGAUCAAGAUCCCGCACGAAUGGCCUUCCCUACUCAUCGUCGACAAAAACGUGGGCAAUUCACUGUUCCAGUUCUUCGCACAGUUUCUGAAGAGAGACAGGUCCCAUUCCAGAUCUAGAAGCCCGGACGGGGGUUCGACGACUUCUCCGGCGCUGGCCCUGGCGAAGGGGCCGGAUCAGAUGUCCAUCCCCGGCUUCGGAGAUGCGAAACGCUGCGAGUGGGUUAACACGCAGUUAUUGAAAAAAAUCGACAAACAGGAACUGGAAGGGUACGUGCACAGUUUCUGCGGAAAAGCGUUGGUGAAAUCGCCCGCACUUCACCAUCUGCUGCUCAAAACAAAAAAGAAAAAGAUCGCGGACACUAAAAACGACACAAUGGGCCUGUUUUGAUUUCGUCAACGUCAAAUUCAUUAAGACAAUUUGGUCAAUUUCUCCGUUAAAAAAAUUAAGCCGAAAACAACUAAAAAGGCGUGGGGUAAUCUCUACAAUCAAAAUAAAAUGCUAAUGUCGAUUUAAAAAAGAAAAUAUAAUAUA